AUGGAAGUUGACACGGAGAGCACGAACACAUCAAUCGAAGAUAAAACGGAAGAUUUUUGUGAUAAUCCAACCAGGGAUGCUUUAACAGAAGGUUUAAUGAGGCUUUUAAAACCUACCGUUGAUCAAUUAGAAGAUAAAGUUCGAACUCUUAGAAUCAGUCAAGUAGAAUUAAAACAGAAAAUUGAAAAUUUGUCUGAAGAAUUAAAAAAAAUUAAUGAUUCCAAUUCAGAAAAGAAUUUAGAUUUAGAUAUAUACGUUAAAAAACUAGUCAACAUAAAAAAUAAAUUAACCGUAGUGAGCAACAUUCUACAAAGCAGCGAAGAAAGACUAUUAAAAAUUCAAAAAAACAUUUUAAAAGAUGUUAAUUCUCAUAAAGCUUUCAUAGAAGCUUCGAAAAUUAAUCAAAUAUCAGCGACUGAACCUGAUGAUUCAGCCAUUCAAUGA